UUCUGUUUUCCUGAAAAACGACGUGCUGCUUUUUUGAUGGGAGUGGACGCUCGGCGUCAAAAAGAAGAACUCCUUUCUACUGGAUUUUUAAAUCACUAAAGCUGCUUCCUAUUUCAUACACACAGUGCACCAAAAGGAUAAGAAAGGCUGAAGAAGCGGAUGAAGUUAUUGGUAAACAGAAGGAAGGAUACACGUCUAGUUUUCCUAAUUGCAAAGCAAACAUGGUGCUUCUCCGUGGAUCGGCAACGGCGAUGCAGAAGCCGGAGUGCGAAUUGGAGAAGAACGGAGUCGUGGCCGGUUUGAAGACGAAGAUGGCGAACGGCAUCGAGAGAUCAGCGGUGCAGAAUGGAGCGGUGAACGGUAUAAUGGCCAAUGGCGACACGGUACAUCAAAUCAACGGACUAAGGAACGGAUCGACGACUGUAUGCAAUGGCGAUAUGAAUGGGCAUCUGAAGAUCCAGACGGAAGCUAAGAAACCCGACGCUACAGCUACAACACAGAGAACACUUGCCAGCAAGUUUGAAGAGACAUUUGAGGAGACCCCAUUGCACAUCGCACUCAUUACCUACUUUGGCUUCUUGGUUCUGAUCCUCGUCGGUUACAUCAAGGAACAUCUGUGGAGAUGGGGGAUUCUGAAGAAACCAGGCUCAAAAGAGUCAUCCAAGCUUAAUGACUUUGUCCCCCUGUUCUCAGAUUUUGUGAAUUUCUUCGGCCGCAAUAUCUACAUGCGAGGGAGGGACUGUGGACACAUUCCGGUAGCCGGCGUCCCUGGUGCCCAGUUUGAUAUCAUGGAGUAUUCUACACCGGACUACAACUGGACUCUCAAUUUGACUGGGAAUAUAAAGCGAAGUGUCAACCUGGGUUCCUAUAACUACCUGGGCUUUGCUGAGAAUUCUGGUCCACGUUCAGCUCAAGUGGAGGUGGCGACAAAGACGUAUGGGUCUGGUAUAUGCAGUCCAAGACGGGAACUAGGUAAUUUAAGUAUCCACACGGAGCUAGAUCGUCUUGUCACUCGCUUCACGGGCAAGGAGGAUGCUGUCACGUUUGCCAUGGGCUUCGCUACUAACGCUCUCAAUAUGCCCUCGCUGAUUGGAAAGGGUUGUCUGGUUGUUAGCGACAAGCUGAACCAUGCAUCUAUCGUACUGGGAACCAGACUGUCUGGAGCAGUGGUCAGGAUCUUUGAGCACAACGACAUGGAGAGUCUUGAGAAAGUCUUGAGGAACGCCAUCGUCGAUGGUCAACCACGAUCCCACAGACCCUGGAAGAAGAUUCUUAUUGUGGUUGAGGGCAUAUACAGCAUGGAGGGUUCCAUCGUGCGUCUGCCCGAAGUUGUUGCUCUCAAGAAGAAAUACAAGUGCUAUCUGUACCUUGACGAGGCCCACAGCAUUGGGGCUAUGGGACAUAGUGGACGAGGCAUCGUGGAGUACUUCGGUGUGAAUAUAGAUGACAUUGACGUCAUGAUGGGGACUUUCUCCAAGAGUUUUGGAGCUUGCGGGGGUUAUCUGGCCGGCAGUAAGGAUUUGAUUGCCCGGAUCCGAUCCAAAUCCCACAGUGCUGCGUAUGGAGCACCCAUGGCCCCACCGGUAGUACAGCAAGUCCUGGCCAGCAUGAGAACAAUCAUGGGAGAAGACGGAACCAGCAUCGGUGUGAAUCGCAUCAGUCGUCUUGCCUGGAACACCCAGUAUUUCCGCUAUCGUCUGAGGGAGAUGGGUUUCAUAUUUUACGGCAACCAGGACUCUCCCGUGGUUCCGUUGCUGAUCUACGUGCCUGCCAAAGUACCUGCAUUCAGCCGCAUGUGCCGUAAGCGUGGUCUCGGCAUUGUCGUCUGCGUGUUCCCUGCUACGCCUUUGGUGGAGAGCCGGGCCCGAAUCUGUCUGUCUGCAAACCACACCAAGGAAAUGCUGGAUAAGGCGCUGGAAAUCAUCAGCGAGGUCGGUGACCUGUUGAACUGCAAAUUGUCCAAGCUGCCGAAACCCGUACCGAGGGAAUGGAACGACCAACCCCCACUGGAGGAAGAGUAAACUCUCGACAAACAAACGAACAUCAAGUCAACCCAACGGGCGAGCUUAUGUGUUCAACACUGUACCAGUCUAUAGCAGUUUUUCCAUCCGGUUUUAAGUUUCUAUUUAUUACUAACGUUUAGUUUUUUUUUUUUUCCUUUUCGGGGGUCAUGCUGAAAUGAAGAGGCUGUAUUGUCACAGUUUCUGUUUUUUUAAAGAGGCUAUCACGUUUUUUUCAUUGUUAGAGAACGGCGCCCUCUCGAGUCUGUUUUAAUACAGCUCAAGGAGCAUCAUAGGCUAAUAUGGCAGACUUAAGUAAGACUUGAUGAAUGCUUAAUGCAGUGAGUGUUUUAGUGAGCUGCUUUAGCGUUCACAGGAAAAUAACAAACUUAGAAGACUAGCAUUUGACUUUUUAAAUCAGUUGUGAUAUACUGUUCAGUGUAUGUGAACUGCUUAUGAUCAGACUCAUUUGCGGUGAUUUCCCUGAACAGUUUCGGUCCGACUGUGAGCAUUUUUUGCAAAUACCUGCAGUUGGAAAACAUGUUUGAUGAUUUUGGACGGACCUAUGUUCUGAAAGUAUGAGGAAUUGAGUUCUUUAUAUGCUAGAUUGUCUUGCUUUUUUUCACAAAGAUGUAACAGUAACGAAUCAUCGAUACUUUGAGUGCCGUUAGUUUUUGUUUUACCUCAAAUUUGAAUUUUUUAUUAGCACUAUUAAG